AUGGUGUUAAAUGAUAAUUAUAACGAGACACCACUCGACGUGAGCACGUCCGAAAUUGAUAAGAUAUUUUGGGAUUACUUCGAUGCCACAACAACUACAAACUACAAUUUGAGUGGUAUAACUGACACCUUGCCACGAGACCAGGGUGCGGUGCUGGCCACUUAUGGGGUGCUGUUGGCUAUUGGAGGACUUGGCAACUUGGCUGUGCUGAUCACUCUAGCGCGGACCAGGCGCAGGAAGUCAAGAGUUGAUCUAUUGAUGACACAUCUGGCGUUAGCUGAUGUAUGCGUCACAUGCGGUGUUAUUCCUCUAGAGAAGACGCGCGAACAGUUGUCUUGGAAGAAAUUGCAGAAGCCAUAA